UCAGAAGAGGAUGAAGAGGAGGUUGGAAGUACCGUGGUGCCUCUUCAAAUCUCACCAAAAUCUCAACCCUCGAACACACACAAGAUCUUCGGCGAGCACAUCACGUGCACGCAGAAAGAAAGAGAAGAGCCCUGAAAAGCACACGAUCACAAACUUUGAUGACCCGAACAACUUUGAGUUGAAACUCUUCAAUGACUUGAUGGACGAUGACAAGCCUUCACCUUCAUCCGAAUUUCUUCGCCGAACAGCAAGGGCUCACUGUUCGGCUCAAUCAACCUGUACCCAAGAUUGUUCAGCAGCAACAAGGGGAAGAUUUCUGUAGACGAGAUGACAGAAACGAAGAAGAACUUUCAGCUGUUCCUGGACGAGCACAUUGGGGGGAGUUUGGAAGAUCAUGUGAAACACAUGGACGAGCUCCGGCGACUCUGGUCUCUUUCCUUCCCGUCGAUGCCGGUGCCGCCACGUCCUGAUGAUCGUUGGAAGAUGCUGGGUUUUCAGGGGACAGACCCUGUCACCGAUCUCCGAGCCAUGGGAGCUCUCAGCGUGAAGCUGCUGUGUUACAUGGCGCAGGCUUACAACAGGACCUACCAUGAGAUCCUCAAGGAGUCCUGUCCCUUGGGCGAAGACAACAAGUCCUUUCCCUUCGCCUGCGCUGGCGUCAACAUCUGUUUCCUGCUGGUGGACGGCUUGAAGCUGAAGACGUUGAGCAGCAGCCCGUCUCAUAAGAUUGACUACUCCGUGAAACGAUGUCAGAGCACAUUCUACGAACUUCUUCAUGGCGAGCCCAACGCGUUCAACGAGAUCUUCUGCUACACCUUCAUGAUCUUCGGGAGGGAGUGGAAGGCAAGGGGCGCCACGUACAUGGACUUCGCAGACAUCGCAAACAGGACAAGGCACAUUGUCAUGAAGGAGCUGGAGAGGAAGAGCUGGAAGAGUCUGUUCAGCCUCAAGGAGGCGCUGAAGCUCACGAUGAUGUGAGCUUGUAGUAUAGAAGAUGAAGUUGAAUGAAUAAGUUAAGAAUUG